AUGAUCCCACCAUUUCUCUACCUCUAUAAAACAAGAACCUCAUGCCCCCAACACCACCACACACUCACACAAACACAAACACAAACACACACUACUACAUUGAGGGAUCACACACCAGAAGCCAUGCUCCGCCUCGUCUUGUCGGGCGUCGUCCUCCUCCUGCUCGCUACUCCGCAGGGGGCGUCCGCGGCCGGGCCCAAGCCCAAGAAGGUGAAGUGCAAAAACAAGAACUACCCUUCUUGUCUCAACAAGGAUCUCUACUGCCCCACUACGUGUGCUCGCGACUGCCUCGUCGACUGCAAGUCGUGCCAGCCCGUCUGCCCGCCCUCGCCUCCUAUUCCGCCCCCUAAAGUGAGCAAAGUUAAGUGCAAGGACAAGAACUACAAGAAGACUUGCAACAAGCAGCUCCUCUGCCCCGACGAUUGUCCCUCCACGUGCGUGGCUGACUGUGUCUCGUGCAAGGCCAUUUGCCCCGCAACUCUCCCGACUCCAGGCUACAGCCCACCUCCGCCACCCGUGACUCCUCCUAGCCCACCUCCUUCAUCACCACCGGUGGUGACUCCUCCUAGCCCACCUCCUUCAUCACCACCGGUGGCGACUCCUCCUAGCCCACCUCCUUCAUCACCACCGGUGGCGACUCCUCCUAGCCCAACUCCGUCACCACCGGUGGCGACUCCUCCUAGCCCAACUCCUUCCCCACCAGUGGCGACUCCUCCUAGCCCAACUCCUUCCCCACCGGAGGCGACUCCUCCUAGCCCAACUCCUCCGUCACCGGAGGUGACUCCCAGCCCGCCUCCAGUUGUUGCCGGAGUUAAGAGAGCUCGUUGCAGAAACAGGAAAUACCCGAACUGCUACCUCCAGGAGCACCCGUGUCCAAAAGAUUGCCCCGGAACUUGUGAGGUUGAUUGCGUCUCUUGCAGCCCGGUUUGCAGCUGCGAUAGGCCGGGAACAGUUUGCCAAGACCCGAGAUUCGUUGGCGCUGACGGGAUCACGUUCUACUUCCACGGCAAAAAGGACCAAGAUUUCUGCAUCGUCUCCGACACCAACCUGCACAUCAACGCUCAUUUCAUCGGUAGGAGAAACGAGAACAUGGGAAGGGACUUCACCUGGGUCCAGUCGCUUGGGAUCCUCUUCGACGACCAUCAGAUCUCGAUUGGCGCCAAGAAGACGGCUACCUGGGACGACGCUGUCGACCGCUUGGAACUCUCCUUCGAUGCAUCACCCGUCUUCCUCGCUAUGGGCGAGGGCGCAAGAUGGCAACCAGAAUCCGCGCCCGGGAUAAGCAUCACCAGGUCCCUCGACACGAACGCAGUGGUGAUCGAGGUGGAAGGCAACUUCCAGAUCAAAGCAGCAGUUGUUCCCAUCACCAAGAAGGAUUCCAUGAUUCACAACUACGGGAUCACGGACGAGGACUGCUUCGCCCACCUUGAUCUCGGGUUCAAGUUUUACUCGUUGAGCGGUGAAGUGAAGGGAGUCCUGGGACAGACAUACGCAAGCAACUACGUCAGCAGGGUGAAGAUGGGAGUCAGCAUGCCGGUUUUGGGAGGACAGAGAGAAUUCGCAUCUUCGAGCCUCUUCUCCACAGACUGCGACGUCGCUAGGUUCAAGGGGACGCAGCUGAUGAGUUCUUCGAACAAUUUUCAGCAUGCAAGCUUAAACUGUGCAAGCGGCCUUGACGGCCGUGGAGUGGUGUGCAAGAGAUAAGUCGGUUUCAUCGACACUAUUUGAGGCCGCUAAAUGUUAUCGUGCCAUAAAAAUAUAAUAACAUAGUAUCGUAUCCACAAAAAAUAAGCUUUUUAUCCAAUUAUUCACAUGAAUAAUAACAUGAAAUCAUGUUUAUCCCAUUUGUGUAAUUUGUGAAUCUAAAUAGAAAAAACGUAUGUACCUUGAAUCCGAUCUCCUUUGAUCGAUUCCAGCUUAACCGUGUUCCUGUGCUACAAGAAGUUAUCUUGUUAAUGUUACAAAUUCAAUAUUGGAUUUAA